AUCUAACCUAAUAAUGAGCCGUAUUCAUAAAAGUGAAUCAUAUCCUCGGAGGCAUAAGGUCUUGCUUCGGAGAAAAGGGUAGAAGUAUAAGCAUAUCCUUGUGUUCAUAUUCAUAAUGAUUACCUUAUACUCGCGAGGAUAUCCUCCAAGAAGAAGUAAAAGGUUGACUGGUAUUUGUAUCUUGAGCGACAUGUCGUCACUUGUUCCAGCUUGUAGUUGACCAUCACUGAC